AUGGCGGCACUUCGGCACGUACACUCUGGUGCGAGGGGCGACCGUCAUGGGCGUCAAAAACGACGUGAAGAACGGCGCAAAGCCGAGGAAGGCGAUGGUGCUGAGGAAGGCGCCGGAGCUGAGGAAGGCGACGUGGCGACGGAUGUGAUGAACGGGAUGUUGACACCGGCAGCCACGAACACGAAUGCUGUCAUGACGGAGCCGUUCAUGGACGAGCUCAGUGAUAAGUUGAUGGGCGACCUCAGUGUAGCGAUUUCCAAGUAA